CCUCAUCGAUUACAUCUCGCGACAACAACUUCUUUCUACACCACCAACCGUCCUUCAGAUUCUACCAACCCUUCUAUCUUGAUACCUCGUUCUUCUUUUGAACCCGUAUUCUACUCGCGAUAGCAAAGAUGGCAUACCAACAGCAGUUUGACCCAACCCAGCAAGUCCAGUUUGCGCCAGAUGGCAAUGGCAACGGACUGCAGCAGGGGCCCCCUCAACAGGGAAUCCCCCAGCAACGGCAGCCUCAGGGCAUGCAACAACCCCCUCAAGGUCAAGAGGGAGGUUCUCCAGCUCCAUUUGCUCAGCAACCUGGUGUUGAAGGCAGCGCCGGCAGCGUCGCCGGUGACGCGAAGACAACGCUCUGGAUGGGUGAGCUCGAGCCUUGGAUCGACGAGAACUUCAUCCGCAGUGUCUGGUUUGGCAUGGGUGAGAGCGUUAAUGUGAAAAUGAUCCGUGACAAAUUCUCAGGCAACGCUGGUUACUGUUUCAUUGACUUUGCCACUCCUGCUGCCGCCGCCAAGGCGCUGUCCCUGAAUGGAAGCAUGAUCCCGAAUACCUCCCGACCCUUCAAGCUCAACUGGGCUUCUGGCGGUGGCCUCGCAGAUCGUCGUGAUGAGAGAGGUCCCGAAUACUCCAUCUUCGUUGGCGAUCUUGGACCUGAAGUAAAUGAAUACGUCCUUGUCUCACUCUUCCAGGCCAGAUUCCCAUCUUGCAAGUCGGCUAAGAUUAUGACCGACCCCAUCUCCGGCAUGUCACGCGGAUACGGUUUCGUUCGUUUCGCUGAGGAAGGUGAUCAACAGCGAGCUCUUACGGAGAUGCAGGGUGUCUACUGUGGAAACCGCCCUAUGAGAAUCUCUACCGCUACUCCGAAGAACAAGUCUGGGGGUGGUGGACCCGCUGGUAUGCCUAUGCCAGGAGCCAUGGGUGCUGGAAUGGCACCGGGCAUGUACUCGAUGGGUGCUCCGCCGCCUCUGGGUUACUACGGUGCGCCCCAGCCCAUGAACCAGUUCACGGACCCGAACAACACCACGGUCUUCGUCGGUGGUCUAUCCGGGUAUGUUACGGAAGAUGAGCUGCGUUCCUUCUUCCAGGGCUUCGGAGAGAUCACCUAUGUUAAGAUUCCUCCUGGAAAGGGCUGUGGCUUUGUUCAGUUCGUACAACGUCAUGCCGCAGAGAUGGCAAUCAACCAGAUGCAAGGGUACCCGAUCGGAAACUCUCGUGUCCGUCUUUCCUGGGGUCGCUCGCAGAACAACUCUGGCCCAGCCGGCACACCAUAUCGGCCAGCACCGCCUCCCCCGCAGUACCAGUCCAUGGGAAUGCCGCCUACCCAUCCAUACGGCAACUUUGCACCUCUUCAGUAAGAAUGCAUCUUCGUGUCUCGCGAAUGGAGUUUGAUAUAGCGAUCAUGGCGUCUUUCUGCAAUUGGCUUGCCUUUUUCAGUGGCUUU